AUGAAUAAUCAUCGUCUCUUAUUUAGUUUGAUUCUUAUUCUAACCAUUUUAUAUCUUACAUCAUCAUCUCAUUGUGGUCCGCAUUCACACCAAGAUGAUAUGCCAUUCGAUGAUAAAGUUCAACAAUCACCUUUAGUUCUUAUUGGUACUUCAUUGAAUAAAAAUUUUGAUCCAAAUAUUGCAAAUUUAUUUAAUGUUACAUAUCUUGUGCGGUGUAUUCUAAAAGGUUCACCAACAAAACGUAUUAUACGAAUUGUUCAAGCAGGUUCACUGCUUGGCCGUCGUUCUUGUCAAAGAUUCGAUGUCAAUCGAGAAUAUAUUGCUUUUCUUGAACCAUUUUUUGAUGAAACUUACCGACCUGUUGAUUUAGAAGAAAUUCAAUAUAGUUUUCAAAUAAAUGAUUUACUUGAAAAAACAUGUGGACUUUCGCGAACAUAUCCAUUUACCGAAACCAAUGAUACUGAAGCAAGCUCAACUAGUAAAUGUCCAUCAGCUGUUUCGACAUCGUGUGCCAAAGAAACAACAAAAGCUACGGUUCCAACAUCAACAAAAAGUGCAGUUGUACCAACAACAAAAUCAAUGAAUCCAUUAAUGUUCGGGCAAGGUACCAUGGAUUAUGCAAUACUAUCACUUCUACUAGCUGACUAUCAACGUCAAAAUUUGAGUCUAGCCUUUUUACAAGGUGAUAAUCCUAAAUUACUUUUUUCUGACGAUGAAGCACGAAAAAAUCAAGCAAAUCAAUAUUCAUUCAUGAUUAUUAUUACUUUACUUCAAUUUAUUUCGUGUAGUAUUAUUCGACUUUUCUUAUAG